CAGAAUCAUGGAUGGUUAUGACAUAGCUAACAUGUCUAUGGAGUCCAUUGAAGAAGGUUCCAUUGAAGAAGAGGUUUUAGUAACAUCCACCUUGAGUGCAGUGCUUGCUGUCAUGUUUCUCCUGGGGGUGUCUGGAAACAUCUAUGUUUUGGUCAUAACCGUGUUGUCUGGCAGACCAGUUGGCUCGAUGUGUGUCCAUGUGGUGAACCUUGCUUUGGCAGAUCUGCUGUACCUCUCAACCAUUCCUUUUGUAGUGAGCACAUACUUGGCCCGGGACUGGUACUUUGGAGAUGUAGGCUGCAGAAUUCUUUUGAGCAUGGAUUUGUUCACCAUGCAUGCCAGCAUCUACACGCUAACUGUAAUGAGCUUGGAGCGAUACAAAGUAAUAGUAAGACCCUUAAAGUCCCGCAUUUCUCACUGCCAUCGAAAGUUAACCAGUCUGACAAUAUGGUUCACAUCGUUUCUCCUCACCUUGCCUAUGAUGUGCAUGAUACGGUUACAGGAUAGCCGGUAUGGAUCCGGCAAGAAAAUAUGUUUUCCCACUUGGACACCAGAGUCUUUUAGGCAGUACUUGACUGUCCUUUUCUGUACCAGUGUUCUGGCUCCUGGAGUGAUCCUGUUAUAUCUCUAUAGCUGUCUUGCUAGGGCAUACUGGAUGUCUGGACAAGAGGUCCGACGAUCAAGCCGGAAGUUAAAUCAGUGUGUUGGGUUGCGUAUAUUCACAAUCAUCGUUGUAUAUUGGGCUUGUUUUGUACCUUUCUGGGCAUGGCAACUAGCUAGAUCUUAUCAACAUGAACAUUUAGUGAUGGCCCCAUCUGCCCAGAUUUAUCUGAAUUAUGGAGUUACCUGCUUAACCUAUGCCAACAGCUGUGUGAAUCCACUUCUGUACACAUUGCUGACUAGUAACUAUCGGGAAUAUUUAGCUAGACAGAUGCGUGAGUCCAGGCUGGAAGUGCAAAAAGGGGUGAACGAUGAGACCCUGGCAAAGUAGUCUAUAUUGUAGAAAUAUGAAACUGGAUUUAAAGUUCUGAAUUAAAGUCACUCUAUGUAAAAUAUGAAUCGGAAGCACAGGUACAGGACUUAAAAUCUGCUUCAGUUUCAUAUCAUAGAGUACUUAUAGGCUGUAUGGAUAGAAGUGCCUCUAGCACUCACUUAUGGCUUUUCUAAUAAUUAGUACAUAACAUAACACUUGUAUGGUAAAAAGUAAAAAGAUAUAAUUUAUUGAUAUAAAGACAUUAAUUAAUUUCUUCAUAAUAUCUCAGUAAAGUCAUUAGAAUUACUCUACCCCACCUGUAAACCAGUCAGAUUUGCGCACUUGUUUCCAUAUUAGUCGUUCCAAAUUUGAUGGAUGUGUUUCACCUACACAAGGCCAUCCUGAUGAAGCACUCUGUAGGUGAAACAGUGAAGUGAGGAGGACACUAAUACUUUAUAGUACAAGCGUUCUGAACGUUUGCCAGCAAACACCUCUUAUUCCGAUUCUGCCAUACCUUUGGAUGAUUAUCCUAUAUCGGAUCUAAUAAGGUGGGGAGUAAACAUUACCUUAAAAUCUUUCACUAAGAGCUUUGGAUUUAAUACCAAUUUCGGGACUUUGUAUCCCUCCUAUUGGACUUUGGAAAAUCCAUCAAAUUUGGGACGCCUAAUAUGGAGACAUAUGCGCAAAUUUUGUUGAUUCACGUUUUUUCCUUUUACCAUGCAAGUGUUUUCUUUAUUAGAAUGACCAUAAGUGAGCACUAGAGGCACAUCUAUCCAUACAGCUUUCAUAUAAACCGGAUGUGGGUCCCUGUUUUUCCUCAUUGGCAGCUACUUCAAAGAUCAGUGCGUGGGGUACCAUCUAUCUUUCUACUAGCAGUACUUCUAGGCUGGCCUGGUAAGAAAGCUUACAUUUUAUGUGGGUGUGACCCACUCAAAGUAUAUUGAACAGAUUAGAGAUGAGUAUUACAUGUAAAGUUGUAGGGCGCACAUUUAGCAUUCUACCCAGCGUAGCUCUAUUAAGAUGUACAGAUAAGAGUCAGCUAAGUCAUGUAGUACAGUAACAGGUAGACUACAGUAGCACACAUCUUGUGUAAGGGGAUUGGGCAACUCCACUUCCAUUGAUGUGUGUACAAUAAAAGCUUGUGAUGGAGAAAACAGGAUUUGAAAGGAAUUUCGCAAAUAUUUCCAAAAUACGUAUCUGUAAAAGAGCAGCUUGUUUCUGUCCAGCACUGACGGAGUCUGGGAAUCAGUAUUUCACAGUGGGGUGGUAAAUGCAAGAUGUGUGUCAGGGGAGUGUUCAUGUGACUAUAUAAUUAACUCUGUAUUCUGCAGCUCACAUAAGGAUGUAAUAAAGUAAUCCAACUAUAGAUAGUAGAAAAACUAAUCGUGUAUUUACAUUUUCUUCAGGAUUAGCAAAUUACUAACCUUCCAAGAGGGAUUUAAAAUGUUAUUUACACAUGAGCAAGAAAAUAAAAAAUUACUGAGGGGAGUAUUAUCAAAUAUUUACAUUUCAGUCAUUCUCACUGGAGUUCUCAGUUUCAUAUGUGACCAUGGGGGGUAUUCAAUUAGCUUCGAUUAUUUCGGAGCUAUUGAAUUCACUCCCCUGCCUAAUUGCGUGCCAUUUUUAAUGCAUUUUCACCAAUGUCUUUUCAACUUUUUUUUUUUUUUGCAAAAAGGCAUUGGCGAAAAAAACAAACUAAAAAUCAGUGAAAAUGGCCCCAUUUUCACUGGUGCAGGUGCAAAAGCAAGUGGAUUAGCCAAUCAAGGGGGUUUGCAGUUAGGUAAAAAAUUUUCGCCUAGGAGAAAGAACUAGACUUUUCGCUAUUUUUAGGAUGAAUGGAGAUUCGCCUUAUUCAAUAGCAGGGCCGUUGUUUCGCCUAGGCAAAAAAUUCAGGAGCGAAAAACAUGUGGAUCGGCGAAUCCACAUGUUUUCUUAACUGCGCCAGCAAAUACAUGGGUUGUUUUUGCUGAUAUUGAGGCAUUUUAUGCCAAUGCCUUUUCUCUCAAAAUAAAAAAGGUGAAAAGGCAUUGGCGAUAUUGGAACAAGAGGAUAUCAUAUUUUACACAUUUUAUAUAAAAAAUGUUUUGUUUUUUGUUAUGCAGAUUUUGCUUUUAGGUAAAUGCAAAAUAAAU